AUGGCUUUCCUACUUCGAGUAUCUAUCUUCCUUUUCUGUGUGCUAAACAUUCAUACCAUAUAUCUUGUUCACCGGGUGCAGUCAUCACCAUUCAGACCGUUCAUUAAAAUUCGGUCAGCAGCGGCCUCGACUCCAUCAAACAACCCAUUGACAGAUACCCCAAUCGAAGAAUCUGCAAUCACAAGAUUCGUGAAACAAUAUGAUGUGAAUCAUUAUACCAAACUUGCUGCAACAGUUGCAGAUCUAUGCCAGCAAGCUCUUCUACAGGAAGGCGUAGUGCACUCCGUUUCUAGUCGAGGCAAAGAGCGCGAAAGCCUACGGAAGAAACUCGAGCAGCGCGAGCCAAAGCGAGCACAUCCAUACAGGACAAACCAAGAGAUCAAAGACGACAUAAUCGAUUUUGCUGGUGUUCGAAUCAUCAUUGAACAUUGGGCAGACCGGGGGACGGUCAAGAAUGCCAUUCACAAGAUCUUUGAUGGCAAAGCAGACUCGAACAAUCAUGUAGAGGAGAGGUGUCAUGACAAUGCACUGGGUUAUCGAGCUGAUCAUUACCUUGUCUACUUGGAAAGUAGCAACCUCCCCGGACACGAGGAUGAUACACCAGGAAGAGAACUGAUUGAAAUACAAGUCCAAUCUACUCUGCUCGCUCGAUGGGCGGAAAGUGAUCACGAUUCACAAUACAAGCCAAAUCGAAAACCGAGCGAUGUCCAGAUAAUUGGUCUCAAGGCAGCUCGUCGUCUGGUGGACGUCUUAGAAGACAAUUACCCUUGCGUGGAAGACAACAUGGUACUUGAAACAGUGCAGCCAAGACCGCCAUUCACUACUUCUGAGGUGGGGUGUGGAGGACUACGAUCAUGGAUCGAAUAUCGUGCUGGAGAACGGGUCGGCAACAGCAAUAGAGCGUCUUCGGGUGCUUUAUCGAAAUAUUUGAACUGUCAACACCCGAACAAUGGCGAGUGUCUCCACAAAUUCCUGCAAGAUACGAUUGGAAAUACAUCAGAGGUUGAAUACUCGGCAAUCGCAAAUGAAUACGGCGCGAUCAGGCUGGACCUGGUCCUCUAUAUUAUGGAUUGUGAGCUCUUGAAGAAAAGCAAUACUAAUAUGCCAGAGCUCCUAAUUCAUACUUGUCAACGGGAACACCUGGACAAGAUCCAUGUGAUUAUGAGCACUAAUAUCUGGAUGGAUGGGCUGUUUUUCCCGACUAGAGGCUGGCGUCGGCUAUUCAUGAGUUGUGAAGACAGAUCAAUUUUUCAAAAAGACCUUUCUUGGCUUGCUAGAACCACCCGACAGAAGUACAUGGAAGAUGUUGAAGGAUAUCUGCUGAGUGAAGAUAAAGUUGGGAAUAUGAAUGCGCUUUGGAGUUGGUUCGAGAGGCGCUGUGAGCGACCAAUCAAAUUAGCUUUUACAAUUUCCAGACAGGGCAUGGUUAAUUACAUGUCAAUGGAAAACAAAGAGCUUGUGAGUGCCCUUGAGCUACUCAUCGUGGCACUGACUGCUCCGAUAUGA